AUGAAUGUUUUAGAGAAGGAUUUGAAGCUUGUGAUAGGUUUUAGACUUACUGAUGAUAUGCUUAUAUAUAGAUGGUCAAUGUUAUACCAGCAAGCAGUGGUACACUCCUUGCAACCCCACAACUUGGUUUCAAAGCACUGGAUUGGAUUGAAAGAAAUUAAAAUCAUGGGAAUCCGAUUUCUCGUUACUCUUCAGGCUAAGGUCCUUCUUCACCGAACUAUUUUUCCUGCAAGCCAAACAGCUCCCAAUGUUGCACACGUCCCAAAACACUAUUUAGCAGUUUAUGUUGGAGAGUCUCAGAAGAAAAGGUUUUUGGUUCCGAUAUCAUACUUGAACCAACCGUUGUUCCAAGAGUUGCUGCAUAAGGCUGAAGAAGAAUUUGGGUAUAGUCAUCCAAUGGGUGGUCUCACUAUUCCUUGCAGAGAAGAUACCUUCCUCGAUCUUACCUCUGUUUUGAAUGGAUUAUGA